GGUUGCAGUUCUGUUAGUUUAGCACCCAGCCAUCAAAAGUUGUCUUGUUUUUCAUUGCAUUCUCCCCAACAAACUUCUUUGCUUAUCAUUACUCAAAAUUGUUCAUCACCAUGUCCCCUAUCCCAAUUCUGAUUGUCGUGGGCGUCGCCGUACUGGGUAUUUUUUCUCAUCAAGUCAUCAAGGAACAACAGGGUGUUCCUCCUCCUCUUGAUUUUGGAGAUGCUUCGGCCGAAAAGGGGUAUUCGAUGUUUGAUUUCAUUGCCCAUCGAUACGAUGCCAUUAAUCGGAUACUCGCCUUUCGCAUGGAUGUUGGAUGGCGCAAACAAAUGGUACAACUCAUCCUCGCCGAAGUACAAGAUGUCGCAGAUCCCAAAAUACUCGAUGUCGCCACGGGAACCGCCGAUGUGGCACUCAUGACGGCCAGCAUGAUUCCUUCCGCUACCAUUGUCGGUGUGGAUCCUUCCAAUGGCAUGUUGGAUGUCGGCAGACGCAAAAUUCAAAACCAACAACGACAAGAUCAAAUUCAACUCCAAUGGGCCGAUGCCCGUGAUUUGACGUCCACACUAGAACCAAGUUCCUUUCAUGCCGCCACCAUGGCCUUUGGCAUUCGCAACGUGCCCGAACGCAAUGUGGCCCUCUGCGAAAUUUACAAUGUUCUCACACCGGAGGCACUCUUGACCAUUCUCGAAUUUUCCGAACCCUCCACCACCGAAGGAGCCAUUCUCGAACGCGCUGCCGGGGUAUUUAUUCAACACGUCGUGCCCUUUGUCGGGGGUAUUCUCAGUGGACAACCCCGCAUGUACAAACAUUUGCAAAAUUCCAUUAAAAACUUUCCAUCGCCCGUUGAAUUUGAAGCCUACGUCAAUUCACUCGUUUGUACAUCGUCGACGCAACCUUCCUUUAAUGUCGAACAAGUACAACAUUUAAAUUUUGGAUCGGUACAACUCUAUUCCAUUCGAUCCCUCAAGCCACUGGUAGAACCCGUCCCGGAACAAGUGCAUCAACAAGAAAUCCCAGUGCCGGGAGAACCAGUGGACGAGGAAGACGAAGCAGAAGAACCAACGGUCGAGGCAGAAACUGUGGCGGCCUAAGCAAUCAAUAAAUGAAUGAAUGCGACAACAAGUAUGUAGCAAAGCCAGGCUGCCAACACUAAAGUUGUAGAAAAGUAGAGCAACGACAAUUUGGCGGAGUGUUACGGUGUUUGUGCAUCCGACAAAGGUUGUGGUGACUUGAUUAAAGCGUUCGACCAGCUGUUGUCCUAGCUAGGCUAGCUAGGUUUUGGGAGCUGAGACAGGUGUCGUGAGAGAGGAUUGGCCAAAGGCAACGAUACGGCAGAGGGAGAGGUUAACUGUCUAGCUAGCUAGCUAGUUUGGUUUUACUAUUGCUUUAGUUAUGGUGUUAAUUAUUGCUGCUGUUUCCGAGCAACUAAAGAAUGUGGAGUCUUCCCUUGACCACAUUGGACUGUCCGUGCUCAUUAUUAUUCUCCUUCUUGCACAAUUGCCUAUUCUUUCUUCAGGUUAGCGGGGGCGACAUUGGUCUUGUUGCUGGAAGUAGCAUUGUCAUUGUCAUCCGAUGGAUUCAUGGGUUCCUUGGCCGCGUGAUUGGCCCAACCGGUAAAGAUGCUCAACAAGGCUCCCUUGUCACCCGAUGGGGCUUCACUAAUCUUGUCACAAAUCUGCUUGUGCAACGACUCCAAAUGAUUGGCAAAGGACGUGAC